GGCCAGGCGCCCGGGGCGAAGAGCGAGUGGAUCGCGUCCGGAACCGCUCUGGGGCUCUUCGGUAAUGGGGAGAAAGAGAGGCCGGACCUGCAGGAAGAGGGGACGCAAACGGGCUUUUACCCCGGAGGUAAUGGGCCGACGAACAGUUAACAUUAGCCACGAGAUGCAAUAUGUGCAGCUGAGGAAAUGGCUGAAAGAGAACGGAUGCAUUGAUCUGCACUUGGUCCCAGCAGACUUUCCAGAUACUGGCAGAGGAUUAAUGACCACAAAAGCUCUUCAGCCGGGAGAUACAAUUAUCGCACUGCCUGAGAAAUGCCUGCUCACCACCCAGACUGUUCAUAGGAGUUACUUGGGUAAAUACAUCGAGCGGUGGAAGCCGCGGUUGUCACCGCUCCAGGUCUUGUGUACUUUUCUCGUGGCCGAGAGACAUUUCGGGAGGACGUCUCCGUGGAAGCCUUACAUCGACGUCCUGCCGAAGGCCUACACCUGCCCGGGUUAUCUAGCGGAGGAAGUGUUGCGUUUGUUGCCCGAAGCUCUGCUCGGAAAGGCCGAGGUGCAGAGGAGAGACAUUCGAGAACUGACCCUUUCUUCGGAAGGCUUCUUCCACUCGUUGCAACCCUUAUUCGCCGAGAGCGUGGAGGGCAUUUUUACGUCCGAUGCCCUGCGCUGGGCUUGGUGCAGUGUUAAUACCAGGACGGUUUACAUGGAGCGUCUCCAGAGCGAAUACUUCUCCCGCGAGCCUGACGUUUAUGCCCUGGCGCCGUAUUUGGACCUGCUGAACCACAGCCCGACCGUUCAGGUAACGGCCGGCUUCAACCAGGAAAGCAAAUGCUACGAAAUCAGAACGCUAACCAAAUGCCGGAGGUACCAACAGGCGUUCAUCUGCUAUGGACCUCACGACAAUCAGCGGCUUCUGUUAGAGUACGGCUUCUUCGCUGCCAACAAUCCUCAUAGUGUCAUUUACGUGGAAAAAGAUGUUCUCCGUACCCACCUUUUACAGAAAGACAAAGAGCUAAACGGAAAACUCUCAUUUCUGCAGGACAGAGGAUUUCUAGAAAAUUUAACGUUUGGAUUUGAAGGACCGUCUUGGAGGCUUCUGGCGGCUCUUAAGGUGCUUUGCCUCGGACCGGAUAAUUAUUCCCAGUGGAAGAAAGUUCUGAUCGGCCUUCCCGACUCUGUUGGUAACGAGAGAAACAGUUUAGACCUCGCGAGCAGUCUCUGUUCCCAUUUGAUGAAUGAAAACCAGAAGGUGUUACAGAAGAUUUACAAACUGAUGAGCAAUAGAACCGAGCUUUUAGAACAGCUGGAUCUGGUUGCAAAGCUGAGAGAGGAAGAAAGGAAGAUACUGCAAGCUUCAUUGGUCAUAUUGCAGCGUUUGAGGAAUACAACCACAAGCUGAUGGUCUGAGGGGCAUGUCCUGGGAUGGUGACAGGUGGCCUCCCACCCCAUGGUGAAUGGCUAAAUUGGAGAUGGUUCAGUUUAACAAGAAUAGCAAGUUGGGGAGGAACAGCUACACAGACUUCACAUUCCACCAAACACUGGGGCCACAAAACAUACAGUCAAUUCACUUUACAGUAUAUUCCGUAUUCUAGAAGA